AUGUCGCUGCCAUUGAAUUUUAAGAAUUUUCGUCUCAGCAGUCUCAGCAAGCAUGCGGAGGACUUGUUUACCGAGCUGUCACAGGAAGUGCAGACGUUCACGGACCGCACGCGGCAGUUCCAGAGGCGCAUCAACCAUAUUCAAGAGAAAGUCUCGAGGAUGGAAGUUGCAGAAGAACGUGGUAGAAUGAAAUAUCCAUCAACAGUGAAAUCCAAGAGUUCUACCCGGCAUCUCCAACAGGUGGUGUCCAGAUCUACAAUACCUCGAUGUAUACUGGAAGCUUACAGUCAGUGUGAAGCUAAACCUGCACUAGUUGAUGGAGAAGACUCUUUGAAAUUUUACAUAAAUCCAAGUUAUUUCAUCGAAUUAUGGUUGAUGGACAUUCAGAAAGAUAGACCAAAGAAAGUUGUUCUUCGAAAGACAACACCUCGACAUCUUCGAAAUAUAGCACAGAGAAAUGAAAAAAGGAAACAUGGAGUAGAGUUCUUAUUAGAUUAUGCUGAUAGCGAUCAAACAAACACUCAAAACAACCAACCUACGCCUGAACACUUGGACGUGCCUGCAAAGAGUCAUGAUUAUCACAGCAAUGACCACAGUGGCCCAGGAAAUCCUCUCACUGAACCCCAGUAUUCUCAUGAUAAAAUAGAAGGAUAUAAAAUUCUCAUUGAGAAGCCAAUUUCAAAUGUGUCAGUUCGAACAACUCUUGAAAUUAUUGGAGUCUCGAAGCAAAGUCAGCAACCUUCUUCUGGACAAAACUUCUCAUCUCCAACUGAUACCCCCACAUUCAAGUACAAAGCCAAAUUUACUUCCUCCACCCCCAUCAUAUAUGGACCAAGAGGUAGCUCCCCCUCCAACUCCACCACCGCCUAUGCCAAUGACUGA